AUGGCCGCGAUAUCACUUGCUUCUACUUCUCUCACCCUACCGCGGUCCGCCUCCCUCGUCGAUCGCAACAGGCCCGCUCACUCGCUCGCAUCGUCGCAGCAAGGCUCUAGGGGCGUCGCAGUGAGCGUCGACGUGCGUCGGAUGGGGCAGUCGGAAAGUCGUGCACGCGUCGCUGUCGCCGCAUCCCGCGGCGAAGAAGUGAAGGCGGUGCAGGUAGACAAGGCGGAGUUGCGGAAGCGGCUGACGCAGCAGGAGUACCACGUGACUCAGGAGAAGGGCACGGAGCGAGCCUUCACUGGCAAAUACUGGGACGAGAAGCGCAAGGGCACGUACCACUGCAUCUGCUGCGACACUCCACUCUUCAGUUCAAGCACCAAGUUCGACAGUGGCACAGGGUGGCCGUCAUUCUACGACCAGAUAGGCAGCAACGUGAAGCAGGAGAAGGACUGGUCCAUCCCCUUCAUGCCGCGUGUGGAGGUGCUCUGUGCUGCCUGUGAUGCACACCUCGGCCAUGUCUUCCCCGAUGGCCCUCCCCCCACCCGCCAACGAUACUGCAUCAACAGCGCAUCACUUCGUUUGGAUGCCAACGCUUAG